AUUCACGUGUCCCAGAGUUGUUGUUUUUUUUACAGUGUUGCUCCUAAAAUAUUACCUUUAUAUUUCAAUACACACUUUACAACAAAAGCUUUUACAUCUGUAUUAGUCUGUAUUGUAAUUCUCUGUAUUCUGUGUUAUAGCCGCGGACAUGGAGUUUCCAGAAGGCUUUAACCAACUGGAGCUGUUAGAAUCGCAUGGCCACAUGAUCCCAGUGGGGAUGGAGAGCGCCUGGGAUGAGGAGGAGGAGGAGGACAGUGAAGGUGAUGACAGCCAGCACAGUGAGGAGUGGUUCCAGCAGCAGGAACUAAAACGUAAAGACAAUCCAGAGGAGCUGAUGCUCUGGGCUGCAGAGAAGAACCGAUUGUCCACAGUGCAGCAUCUGGCUGUAUCCGAUCCGUCCCUCGUUAACUGCCAUGACGACGACGGCUACACGCCUCUCCACCGCGCUUCGUACAGUGGCCACACUCUCAUCGUGUCCUUCCUCCUGGACUCAGGCGCAGAUCUUCACGCCAGGACAGUGGAUGGCUGGACGCCUCUGCACAGCGCCUCCCACUGGGGACACACCGCUAUUGUAUCAAAUCUCCUGCACCGGGGGUCAGAGGUUAACGCCAUGACAAACGGUCAGCUUACACCUCUGCAGCUGGCGGCAGGAAAUCCUGCAGCACCGCAGACCCUAGAGCUCCUGCUGUCUCAGCGCACCCUGCAGGCAGGACUGAGGAACAGUGCUGGGGAGAUGGCCUAUGACAUCGCGCUUAGGAAAACAGCACACUACGGCUUGUUCGAGAUCACAGAGCCCUGCAACAAUGUCUACUGAGAGUUUCCAGACAAACCAGAGAAAGCAAGACAUCUUUGAGGAGGAAUGACAGAAAGACAGAAAUGGAAAGAAAUUUUGCUCAUUAUUACCAGAGAUGCACCGUCACUGAUAUACACAUUAAUCUCAUUCCCAACUCCUUUACUCAAGGAGUUCAAUGGCAGCAGCUACAGAAGAAGCAGCCAAUGAAAAGGGAAAAUGAUGUGUCUUGAAGAUUAGUGCCACUAGUAAUCAUCAACAUCCAGACAAUCCAACCAAAUGAAAAUAAAAGCUGUAAAUAACAUGGAAAGGGACCAGACUUUAAUUUGAUUAAAAUUGUCCGUUAGUGCAGGAACACACACAAACACAGGAAACAAACAAAGAAAAAAUAAAAUUUUCAGAUAUGUCA